GUGUCUCUCUCCAAAUUAAUAGCCUUUACAUUUUCUCUGAAGACAGUUUUCCCCGGGAAAAAUGUGCGUGCAUUGAAUGUCUUACGUUUUGCUUCUUCUUGUACGGUCAAAAACUUCUAGCCAAGUAAGAAAAACAAAACAAAAUCCUCCCAAUGAGAAAAACACAACAAAACCAAGCUUUGUGCACCUUGGAACCCUUAUAAUUUGAUGUUGUAGUUUGUGUCUGUGUUUUGAACAUUGAAGGUAGCCAGAAGAUAAUGUUUUUAUGAGGAAAUGUCAGCAUCAGAGAAUCGUCGAGAGAAGUUUACCGGCUUGACUCUUGAAGACGUAUUGGCCAAAAGGAGAUUAGACAAUCCGGCAACAACACCUAACCAACCACCUCCAUUAGACAAUCCGGCAACAACACCUAACCAACCACCUCCAUCCAAGAGUGGAACCUUAUUUGACAUUAUCAGAGAAGAUGAUACCAACAGAAAAGACCGUAGAUCUUGGAAAGCCUUCAAGGACAAGCUUCGACUCAAGCGCGCUGGCUCUGCUUGGACAUCAUCAAUUCAUAUUCCAACUUCAGACAUCCCUGUCCAAAAUCCAAACAGUAGAAGUUUUUCCCAAUUAGGACGUCGCGACUCGGUUCGAAUACAAUCUCACCACGAUUCAGACAUGUCAACCCAGCCCAUGACUCACCAAGUGGACGACCUUGACCCAUCGGAGGGCAACCAUGCUCCGGCCACUAAACCUCAGUUCAGUCGCCGAAGCUCCACCCGUUUCUCCGCCAACUCCCCAGACAAUUUUCCUAGUGGGGCAAAUCUCCGGCAACAACUCUCACGACGAAAUUCCACCAAUGUGUCGUCGGAGCCGUUUCACCGAGGACGUGUGGUGACUUUUCGGGACAGCUUCGAUGAUGAUGAACCUGACGAUGACGACAAGAACCUAGACAUAGGGAGGACACUUUCAGCGAGGGAGGCUGUGGCAGCACAGGAGGCGGCAGAAGCUGCAGCAGUGGCAGAUGCAGAAGCUUCAGGAGGGCAUCCAACGAUGAUGUCGCUAAUGGACUUACUGGAGGAGACUGAUAGAGAGAUGGGAUUAGAAGGGUCAAGGUAUGUAUUGAGUGAUGAUGAAGACUUUGAUGACGAUGAUGAAGGUGAAGAUGAUGAUGAGCAUGGAGAAGGUGCUAUGGAAGGCACUUGUUGUAUUUGCAUGGUGAAGCACAAGGGUGCUGCUUUCGCACCUUGUGGCCACAGUUUCUGCAGGAUGUGUUCAAGGGAGCUUAUGGUGGCUAAGGGAAAUUGUCCACUCUGCAAUAAUUUCAUUACAGAGAUUCUUGAGAUAUUCUGAUUUUUUGUUUUUUUGUUUUCAUGUUCCGGGAUCUCUUUUGUUUGAGCUGCACAAUUGAAGUUCUGAGAUAGUGAAAAGCAUGAAUGUUCUAAUUAGAUUAUAUACAUCAUCACUAUCAGAGCUCCAGAUAAUCAAAUAGCUGAACGUGUGCUUCCAACAAA